CGCCGGUCUUGAUCUUUUUUCGCAUCCCCCAACUUCCUGUCAGGAGCACAGAUACAGCGGACACAAUGGCCUCCAGACCGACCGUCACCAUCAUCGGCGCCGAUGGCAAGGCCACCGGCACCACCGAGGUCCUCCCCAAGGUCUUCGGUGCUCCCAUCCGCCCGGAUAUCGUCAAGCACGUCCACACCGGCAUGGCCAAGAACAAGCGCCAGCCGUACUCCGUCAGCGAGAAGGCUGGUCACCAGACCUCUGCUGAGUCCUGGGGCACUGGUCGCGCUGUUGCCCGUAUCCCCCGUGUCUCCGGUGGUGGUACUCACCGCGCCGGUCAGGCCGCUUUCGGUAACAUGUGCCGUUCCGGUCGCAUGUUCGCUCCCACCAAGAUCUGGCGCAAGUGGCACGUCAAGGUCAACCAGGGCCAGAAGCGUUUCGCUACUGCCUCUGCCCUUGCUGCCUCCGCUGCCGCUCCUCUCCUGAUGGCCCGCGGUCACCAGGUCUCUACCGUCCCCGAGGUUCCCCUCGUUGUUGACUCCGCUGCUUUCUCCGGUGUCAACAAGACCGCCAACGCUCUUGCCCUCCUCAAGGCCGUUGGUGCUGGUGCUGAUGUCCAGAAGGCCAAGGCUUCCAAGAAGCUUCGCGCCGGUAAGGGCAAGCUCCGUGACCGCCGCCACCGCCAGCGUCGCGGUCCCCUCGUCGUCUACUCCGCCGAGACCGACGGCAAGGACCUCAUCAAGGGCUUCCGCAACAUCCCCGGUGUUGAGACCUCCCCCGUCGAUGCCCUCAACCUCCUCCAGCUCGCCCCCGGUGGCCACCUCGGUCGCUUCAUCGUCUGGACCUCUGCCGCCAUCAAGGAGCUUGAUGCCGUCUACGAGUCCAAGAAGGGCUUCCAGCUUCCCGCCAACGUUGUCGCCCAGGCCGACCUUACCCGCCUCAUCAACUCUUCUGAGAUCCAGUCCGUCCUCCGCGCCCCCAAGGGUGACGCCAAGACCAAGCGCUCCAACGUCCAGAAGAAGAACCCUCUCCGCAACAAGCAGGUUCUCCUCCGCCUCAACCCCUACGCCGCUACCUUCGCCAAGGAGAAGCUCGGCGAGAUCAAGGAGGAGGGCAAGCCCCAGCGCGUUCCCGCCACCUUCAAGGUCCUCCUCCAGGAGUAAAUUUGGAGUUAACGGCAAAACGGAAGACAGGAAGGUGUGGGUGCGAAUUCGGCGUCACGGAUUAGGCAUGUGUUCACAAUACACACAUCAAUGAAUUCUGAAACCGAAACGAUUUCCUUUUCUUUUGUUCACCACAAUCUCGGUACUGAGCGAGUGACCUUGUAGAUUCAAUACCCCAUUUGUUUACAUGAUUUCCCGUCUUGUUGUGUGACAUGUCGAUCUUCCAGCUGCGUAGGACAGUAAAUACACUUGGCGUCAGUGCUUU